CUCUUGAUUAAUUCAUCUUCCUUUCUCCCUUCAAGAUCCUAAGAGGAGAAUAAAAGAAAAAAAAAAAAGCUUAAAUUCCUUUGGAAAUGAAGAAGGAAGAAAGCAAUGUUGAGCCUUCUUACGAAGAUUUUGAACCCUAUUGCAAGUGGAUAAAAGAAGCCAAAGAUUACGUUCUCAAAGAAGCUGACAUUCUUGAAAUCCAGCUCCAGGAAUUCAAAAGGGAAGAACUGAAGUACGAAAUGGGUGAGGACAGACUCUUGUAUAUUAGGGGAGAGCAUCAAGUGGGGAAGAGUCUAAUAAGGCGAUUCAACAAAAAAAUUGAUGUUUCAAAGUACAACAUCAAAGAAAUUGAAGCAAAGUUUGAAGCUGGGAAUCUUAAUCUAAGGCUGCCUUGUAAAAAUUCUGCCUUAAGCUUCUGCAAAAUGGGGAAGAAAACAAUCAACUGUGCAAUGGUUGCUCUGCUUUUGCUUCUUGCAUUUUGUAUGUACAGAUAUUCUGAGUGA